AUGAGUGAAAACCUGAAUAAUUCAAUUUUUUGUGUAUUUUUUGGAUGCUGUAGUAAUUUAUAUUUUUUGGAAAAACUUAUUAUAAUUGAUCCUGGCUCUGGAAAUUUAAUAACAUUUUUACAAUUUUUAUUUAUUGCCUUAGAAGGAUUAAUAUUUACAAUGAAAUUUUUUACAAGACAACGUAAAAUACCAUUAAAAGAUUAUAUUAUUCUUGUUAUAAUGUUCUUUAUAACAAGUUUAUGUAAUAAUUAUGUAUUUGAUUUAAAUAUACCAAUACCAUUACAUAUAAUAUUUCGUUCUGGUUCUCUAAUAACAAAUUUAAUAAUGGGAAUAUUUAUAUUAAAAAAAAAUUAUAAUAUUAUAAAAUAUAUUUCAGUAAUAAUGAUAACAAUUGGUAUAUUUAUAUGUACAUUAAUGUCUGGAUUACAAAUAGAAGAGAAACAUCAUCAUCAUCAUCAUCAUCAUAUUGAAUCACAAUAUUCAAUACAUUUUUGGUGGAUUAUUGGUAUUGGAUUAUUAACAUUAGCAUUAUUAAUAACAUCACGUAUGGGUUUAUAUCAAGAAGUUUUAUAUAAACGUUAUGGAAAAUAUCCAAAAGAAGCAUUAUUUUAUGCACAUUUUUUACCAUUACCAUUUUUUGGUUUAAUUUAUAAUAAUAUUAUACAACAUUUUAUAAUUUGUUCAAAUUCAAUAAAAAUUUUAAUACCAAUUAUAAAUUAUUCAAUACCAAUUGCAUGGUUAUAUUUAUUUGGUAAUAUUUUAACACAAUAUAUUUGUAUUAGAUCAGUAUAUAUUUUAACAUCAGAAUGUUCAUCGUUAACAGUAACAUUAAUUGUAACAUUAAGAAAAUUUAUUUCAUUAAUAAUUUCAAUAAUAUAUUUUAAAAAUUUAUUUACAUUUUAUCAUGGUAUUGGUACAACAUUUGUAUUUUUCGGAACAAUAUUAUUUACAGAA